GAAUCAGCAGACGUUGGAAGUGUUGUGUAUUCUCUGGUCGCGCGAGUGCGGUUCGUUUGUUAUUUUGCUGUGUGUGGGGUGUGCAAGGGAAACAUAGUGCACACCGCUGGAUAUCAGCUAAAGAAGGCAGAUGAAGUUGGAGAAAAAAGGUUAGCCCUUCGCACAUAAUCGAUGGACGGGAAUAACAUGGAACGACGGAUGUGUAUCUCGCAGCAAGUAGGGUUAAUCGGGAGAAAGAAAAUGGUUCCGCAAUUGGUUGAAUUGUACUAGACUGUGUGGUAUUUUGGAUUCAGCGGAUCGAAAAUCAAUUCGCAAUAUUGUCCUUAACCGUGGGAGCUGUCGAAUUUUCUAUUAAAGAAGAAUAAAAAAGGAAAGCGGGAUGUCCAGAUUUUUCCCUGCGUGUGUGUUUGUGAGUAUCAGAAUUCAAUAGAAACUCGUUUUCGGAUGCUUUCGGAGUAUUGGUUGUUGCCGUGGAUGCAGUUUCUAACAUACUUUAAGGUACGGAUUCUGGAAUAACCUUUCAGUGCCGACCACUCAGCAGUACUGCACGUGUGAGCAAGAAACACUUCCAAAUGUGUACGAACGCAGUCGAACGUUGUCGGAACGAACCGCAGUGAAAGUUUGCUUUCUGUCCAACCGCAGACAGAAUUCCCUUUCGUGGCUACGAGCCGCGUUGUCGCGCUUAUCAAACGGUGCGCCCGUAUUUUUUUUUGUUUUCCUGUGUUGUGGUGUGUAGUGUAUUUAAGGCCAGCGUUUCCGCAACCGGAAACGCUACGACAACACUGACGGCGAUGUCCAGUUGGGCACAACGAAUGCACCGCCGGGCGGCGACCCUCGGCAGUGUGGUCACAUCGUGUGGCCACCCGGGGUCACCGUAUCCUCAUCGGCUCGAAAAGGUUAAGUUCGGCGUCCCGCUGGACGAGGUGUGCAAAAACGACAUUCCUGGCCCAUUGCUGGUGCUGAUACUGAAACUGAACAAGGAGGCACCGUUCCGAAAGGACGUCUUUCGGGCACCCGGGCAUCAGGGUGCCAUGAAAAAGCUGAUCCACUUUCUGCAGCAGGGUCGACUUGUCAACGUGGACAACUAUUCGGUGUACACGAUCGCGUCGGUGCUGAAAAAGUUUCUCCGCAAAAUCCCGGGGGGCGUUUUUGGUCGCGAUGGCGAGACGGAGUUGUUCCAGAUAGUGGACAUCGAUGAUGAGCUGAUUCAGCAGGAGAAGAUUCACAAGUUACUAAUGUCACUGCCUGGCCACACGCAGCGUUUGCUGGUGCUGCUGUUUGGCACAUUUCGGGUGAUAGCCAGCAACUCAGAACGGGCUGGCACCGGUAUGACCAGCGAGGCACUCGGGGUUUCGGUGGCGCCCAGCUUCUUCCAGUCCUGCGUCAGUGAUGGCAAAACUGCCCGGAUGGAGGACGUACUGCGGUACAAGGCGGAAGUGAAUGUGGCAACCAAGAUCAUGAAGCAAAUGAUCGAGCAGUUCGCCGCGUACGAUCUGUUUGGGCGGGACAACUACGAAUACUACGCCCGGGUUACCGGUCGGGUCCUGCGGGUUCAGGACGAGUGGAUCUGUUCGUUUCGCUAUCCGCCGCCACCUAGGGGGAAGACGGCCCAGCAGAACUAUGCGUUAAAACUAGCUUUAGAAACCGAGAAAACCUGGCUGCAGUGUGAAUGCGAACGAUGGGGCCUAAUCGCACAGGAGGAAUCGCACUCGACACCGGCCCUACUGACGACGGGCGGCCCGAAUGUGGGCAAUUCGGCCGUCUCCCUUGGCAUCAUUCCAGAGCAUUCGCUGCUCGAAUCCUGCGCCCGCCUGUCCGUGUCACUCGAGGGUCCCGGGAUCUUCAACGUGCAGAAGUCCAGCUGCUCGUCUUCGUCACACUCGUCCUCGUCUACGACCCGGUCCGGUUCGCAGCACCACAUGACACUGGACGAGCUGCGGGCGGUCAAUCGGUACGCCGAGAGUACCAAAAGCCUAUCCUACCUACCUCAGGUCCACGAGCGGCAGGCAGCUCGGAUGCGCACCAGAUCCGAGUGGUUCCUGGGAGCCCGCGGUGGCUCCCUGGAGCUGUGUCACGCACCGGAUGGCACGACGCUGAUGCACCCACCGAUUGUAACUUCGACUCCGAUCCCGGGCAGCAUCUUGGGCUCGGGUGGCGGCGGCAGUCUAGGCGUUGGAGGAGGACUAGGAGCGGGGCACGGUCACCAUCACGGCAUUAUCGUGGGAAACCUCGGUCUAAGUGCGUCGGCCGAAUCGGUGCAUCAGGUGAAGCGACCCAGUCGGCGAGGUUCCCGCCAUGGUCACCUGCACCGGAGCUCGUCACGGCGGAACAAGGAAAAUGGUUCAUCUCGGUCAAACAGUUUUCGCAACAAAAAUGCUGCCCCGAAGGGGGCUGGCAAUGGUGGCGGACCGCCUGGCGAUGUUACGGGCGGUCUGGGCAACAGCAGUUCAAGCAACACUGGAACGUUCGCCGGUCUGGGGUCCACUAAGGAGCACCAUCGAAUCCGAAAACAGCGGGCUGUUUCGUUCGAGCAAACGUCAGCACCGACCGGGACCACUAUAACAUCGUCCACUUCCGGGUGUCCGGUGGUGGUCGUGAUGGGCGUUAAUCCGAAAUGGCAUGAGUUCAGCAGUAAAUCGCUGGACGAUAAAAAGUUGCUCAGCAAGCAGAAUAACAUCACUGCCAUGUUGGACGGGGAGGACCUUCCGCUGGACGUGGGAGCGGGUGACGACAACAGCGAACCCGGUCCGGGCAGCCAACUGGUUGGCGGUGCCGACAGUGACGGUGACUGGCACAUGACAGACCAAAGCCAGCCGAUACAGAAACAUGAAAAACAGCAGUCGAACCCGGUCACAGCGGCAACCCAGCAUAGCUCGAUACUGCAUCACCUGAAGCCACCGCGGAUAUGAUUCUAAGGUAGCAUUACGUAAGAGAUCAUUUCUCGAUUUUUUUAGGCCUGCCCCCCCCUCUUCUAGGGAGACAAAGAUAUUCGAUUUCAUUCUGUUACUUUUAGUGUUUAGUGUGUAGGAAAGUCGCGCUCGGUUGACGUUUAGUUAGUGAAUUACGCAAAUUUUUUAUACAAAUAUAAGUAAGAAAGAACUGAACAUCACUGCGGAAGACGAUUAGAAGAGUUAUUCAUGGAUGGAUGAAAGAGUUGUGCUGGUUCGAGGAGAAUUUGUGGUUGGAAGCCUUCAAAAGAAGCUUGGUUUUACCGUAUUUCCUGUGAACAAAGCAAACGUUGGGUAUUGACAUUGACUGCUUUAAUCCUAAUGAUGAGUUAUUAUGAGCAAAUUAGAAAAUGUUCAUGUUAAGUUUUUGUUUGAAUUUCAAUUUCUUUAUUAAAAACUGCACUCGGUUACAUUUCCAUCACCACAGCGUAGCAUCUUGUGAGCAUCCUUGACUAACACGGCACUACUCUUUCAUACUUCUAAUAGUCUAAUAAUGCAUGUAAUCUAGGAGUUCCGAAUUAUUUUCUCUGUUCGGUUAUAUACAAACCAAUAGAAUGAGAGGAAAUAUACUCACCAAUAACGAGUAAUUUGAUUACCUUGUAGGCAUUCUGUAAACAAAAACAAACAUUGAAAGAUUAUAGGAGAAGAAAAAAUAUCGUACAACCGAAUGAAAGCCAAAUUCUAUUAUACUCUACCAAAUAGGCAAGAAUGCGACGAGUUUUUUUGCAACUUUAGUACAUAUGUUAUCUAACACUAGCGGAGAACCACUCUACCAAUUUAUCACCGGUGUAGUAGUAAGAUAACGGAUGAGGGUGUCAGGGUAUACUUAACUGUGUAAGGCUAAUCUUUGCUAAAUCGAACUGCACAUCUGAGUUUGUUAGAAUAAAAAUCGGAAACAACACGAAAAGUAUUAACCAGUUUUUAAAUGGAGACAACUACUCACUCAUACAAUUAUUGUACAACGUACCAGUAAAACAUUCAGCUUAGAUACUGAUUCAAGAGCAAAGAAAACCCGACCAGUGAACGUAAGAAUUUAUAGGCGUCGUGUAACUCAUAGAGUUGUAGCGCUGAGACAAUUUUUUAUACAGAGAGUAUCAUAAUCUUAUAAUAUAAAAAUUUAACUACUAUUAGAACAUUAUUCGAAAAAAAUAAAGAACAUUUCAGAUGCGCCGUUGGCAAUCGUAAGCGAAAGCUUACACUAUAAAUUAAUAUGAGAUCAAACAACAUACAUUCACAUUCCAUACUCUAGUUAUGGCAGACGCCAGCGGUCAGAUUAGAUCAAAAAUUGCUCAACCGAUGAAAGUAAAAAACAAAAAAGGCAAAGUAACAGCAGAUUAAACCGCAUUUCCAUCGAAUCGAUCUAUUUGUAGGAAAUCUCAUCCAAUAACACCUAGUUUGAGAAAAGUAAGUCAGCAAAAUCGGUUUAGAAUCUUAUGAUUACGAUCAAUAAACCCGUAAAGGAAAUAGAAUCGAACGGUUCCUAUUAUAGUUUCGUAAGUAAAGAACACACGCAUUUAUUGCAAUGUGUCGCAAGCUAAUCGAAUAUGUCAAAGUGAAAUUUAAAAGAAAAACUAAAUUAUUAAAAUGUCUAAGGGUGGAGUCAUGCGGUGGAACAGAACAGAACAAAGUUAUAGCUAAGACACAAACCCGAUUCAGACGUUUAGGGUGACAGCAUUGGCUAACGAUUUGUAAAGUAUUGUAUUAUUCCUCUGACUGUGUUUCAAUACGUUUUUAAAUUCAUAAAAACAACUUUCUUGUGAUAUAAAAUAAAUUCAAGAGGUUUCGAUAAUUCUUAUUACCAAGUAAAGCACCUUUUUUAUUUAACCAUGUUACCUUAAGCACAGAUAUGACAAGCAUAUGUUGACAUAACGCUAUCAAUGCUGUCCCACUGAAAGUUUUUCCAGUUACAUGGCCUCAGCUGUGGCACUUUGCUUACACACCGCUUGCAAUCAAAUGCCCUCAGUACAUGCAGUUCCAUCUUGUGUUCCGUAAGUGUACAAUUCGUUUCAUUUAAGUUUUUUAUUUAAAUAAAAUUGCAAUUAGAAUCACUUCCGAACUAAGCUGUACUUACUGAAGGAUCGUAAUUUUUCUCUCCAGCCUCGUUUCAGUUCAAAAUAAAUGCAUCCACCGAAUAUCCGAUCUAGCCUAACAUAAAGAAAAAAUAAGAAUUUUCUAAAUUUAAGUUUGUAACAGCUAUACAACUACUACAACGAUAAAUUUGAAUCAACAAAGAAAAAAUCACUAUGGAGUUUUUAAAAGCAACGGAAACACUGAAAGAACAGUGAAAAAUAUUUUCAACUUAAGCUAUUUUAUGUAAUUUAAAACUUAUUUGGUAAACUUUUGUAAAUUUUGUCAGUUUUGAAAAAAGAUUUCACGAAAACACGGCAAUCACUAUCUAGAAAUAAAAGAUACAAACCAAAAAACAUCGGCAUCAACCCAAAACCAUGAAACUGUACAUUCUUAUGCUAAGCUGAGCCAGCCAAGCCAGAGCAGGACUUUCGGGGAGGGAAGAAAUUCACGCGACAGUGGGGCGUGCGUAAGCCCGUUUCGUAUUUGCAUACAAAACAUGUGUUCAAUGUAUUGAAACUAGGCGGAAUCAUGUUUAUUUUUUGUUUUGUACUUUUUUGUUGGGUUUUCAAAUAUUACACCGAAAAUAUUUAGCGAGAGUGAGCGAGACGGAAAAGAAGAAGAUAAAUAAUAAAAUUUUAUUACUUUACUAUCAUCAA